AUGGAGAUGGUGGAAUACAGCGAUCAGAAGCAUCUCCUCAAAUCUAAUUCCUCCAAAUCACAACAACACAACGACGAAGAUGGAGACGACGAAGAAGUAGACAAUAAUGACUUGGAAGCAGCACAAGGAGGAACCAAUAGAAGCAGUAGUAGCAACAAUAGUAGAGGAGGAGCAGGACAUAAGAGUUCUAUCAAAGAUCUGAUUCGAGGUUUAUCGGGUCGUCGUCCCUCCAGUUUGAACAACAAUCAUCAUCAUGAUCAUACGGACUACGACGACCACACUUCUUCCAUUUCAGAUCAUAACCACCGUAAUCGUAAUUAUCGUCACCGUAUUAAUAAUCACCACGACGACAACGACGACGUUUUAGAGGAUGAUGCCACCCCUGAGUGGGCGUUGCUUCUUAUUGGUUGCCUUCUCGGUCUCGCCUCCGGUCUCUGUGUCGCCGCUUUCAAUUACGGGGUUCAUUUAAUACAUGAAUGGGCCUGGGCUGGGACUCCGAACGAGGGUGCUGCAUGGCUCCGUCUGCAAAGACUUGGGGACACUUGGCAUCGGAUUCUUUUAAUCCCUGUCACUGGAGGAGUUAUUGUUGGAAUGAUGCAUGGCUUGGUCGAAAUAUUGGAGCAAAUAAGGCAGAACCUUUCUUCUCAGAGACAAGGUUUUGAUUUGUUUUCUGGAGUUUUUCCUACCUUGAAGGCCAUUCAGGCUGCUGUUACUUUAGGUACUGGUUGUUCUUUGGGUCCUGAAGGACCUAGUGUUGACAUUGGAAAAUCAUGUGCCCAUGGAUUCUCAUUAAUGAUGGCAAACAACAGAGAAAGGAGGAAUACUCUUGUUGCAGCUGGCGCAGCAGCUGGGAUUUCUUCAGGUUUCAAUGCACCUGUUGCUGGUUGUUUCUUUGCUAUUGAAACUGUGUUGAGGCCUCUCCAUGCUGAAAAUUCACCUCCAUUUACAACUGCAAUGAUUAUAUUAGCUUCUGUGAUAUCAUCAACUGUAUCGAAUGCGUUACUUGGGACCCAAUCAGCUUUUACAGUGCCGUCGUAUGAUUUGAAAUCUGCUGCUGAGUUACCCUUAUACCUGAUAUUAGGCAUGCUAUGUGGUGUUGUAAGUGUGGUCUUCACUCGCUUAGUCACCUGGUUCACCAAGUCAUUUGAAUUUAUCAAGGAAAAAUUUGGCCUUCCUGCUGUUGCAUGCCCUGCUUUAGGUGGUUUAGGAGCUGGGAUAAUUGCUCUGAAGUAUCCUGGAAUACUAUACUGGGGUUUCACCAAUGUUGAAGAAAUCUUACACACUGGGAAGAGUGCUGCUGCUCCUGGAAUCUGGUUGUUAACUCAACUAUCAGCAGCCAAAGUUGUGGCCACUGCUCUGUGUAAGGGUUCAUUGCUUGUAGGUGGCCUUUAUGCACCGAGUUUGAUGAUUGGUGCAGCUGUUGGUGCUGUGUUUGGAGGUUCAGCUGCAGAACUUAUCAAUUCAGCCAUUCCAGGAAAUGCUGCCGUUGCCCAGCCACAGGCAUAUGCAUUGGUUGGAAUGGCUGCUACAUUAGCAUCAGUUUGUUCAGUGCCCUUGACAUCAGUUCUACUUCUGUUUGAGUUGACACAAGAUUACAGGAUAAUCCUUCCCCUCAUGGGAGCUGUUGGGUUAGCAAUAUGGGUUCCUUCUGUGGCUGAACAUGGCAAGGAGAAUGAAACAUCUGAUACACGUAGUUUGGCUAGAGGUUAUUCUUCUCUUUCAAACGAUACUGAUGAUGAAGAAAUCAAUGAAGAUUUGCUUUUGGAAGAUCUUAAGGUUUCUAAGGCCAUGUCAAAGAACUAUGCAAAGGUUUCAGUGAGCUUAACCUUGAAAGAAGCUAUAAAAUAUAUGCAUGACAGCAAACAAAAUUGUGUGCUCAUAGUUGAUAAUGAAGAUUUACUGGAAGGAAUCCUAACACACGGCGACAUCAAACGGCUGUCCAAGACGUCUAGUGAUGCUUCCACGGGUGAUUCAACAAUUAUAGAUGUAAACACCCGUCUUGUUUCUACUGUUUGCACCCGAGGGAUAAGCUACCGAGGUCAAAGUCGUGGACUUUUGACGUGUUAUGCUGACACUGAUUUGGCAAUGGCCAAGGAGUUGAUGGAGGCCAAAGGCAUCAAGCAGUUGCCUGUGGUUAAGCGUAGCGGAGGCUCUCGAAAAGAUUGGAAGCGAAGGGUCGUUGCUAUUCUUCAUUAUGAUUCAAUCUGGAUCUGUCUCAGAGAGGAGAUGACUCGUAGGAGAUCAGUCCAUCAUCAUAGAAUAGAGAACAAUACUGAGAUAAUUGAAAAUGGGCAUUAA